GUGAUGACUGUGAGAUUGACCUAGAUGGGUGUGAGGGUGACCCCUGUGGUAACGACUCUAUUUGUUUUGAUAUGACACCUGAGGAGCAACAAAUCAACGGCACAUUAUUUAAUUGUUCAUCGUGCCCCGACGGUCACAUUCGCGUCGACUCCAAGUGCAUAGAUAUUGAUGAGUGUGCCAACGAUACACAGAACGAUUGCCAACAGGAGUGUGUCAACGAGAAGGGGAGCUACAACUGCAAGUGUUCACCAGGUUACCGAGCCACAAAUGACACACAUUGUCAAGAUAUUGAUGAAUGUGAUGAGGGUACCAGUGGCUGUGAACAACUAUGUAACAACACAGAUGGUAACUUCACAUGUAGCUGCGAAGAGGGGUUUACAGCAGAAGGGGAAACAUGUGCAAGAGUCCAUGCAUCACUAGAACCAUGUGCAAAUAUGAAUCUGACUUGUGAGUAUGGCUGCAGGAAUACGUCGAAUCCACCUGUGUGUUUCUGUAAGACUGGGUUUGAUCUAACAGGAUCUGAAAAUUGUACAAAUAUAGACGAAUGCACACUCGACACAGAUGGCUGCGAAGGAGGCUGUAAUGAUACGGAGGGUGGUUUUCAAUGUUACUGUGAUCCAGGCUUUCAACUCGGAAAUGAUCAGAAAUCGUGUGAAGCGUGUGAUUCCUCUCACUGGGGCAUUAAUUGUGCAAAUCUUUGUGAGUGUGGUAGCCGAGCCAGACAAUGCAAUGCGAGCAUAGGUUGUACUGACUGUGUACCAGGUUGGGGAGGAGAGAACUGCGAGGAAGACAUAGAUGAAUGUGCUAACAUUACAAUAUGUGGUUCCAAUGCUCAAUGUGUAAACAAUAAUGGGUCGUAUGCGUGUAUAUGCAACGCAGGAUAUCAACAGGAUAGUGAUAUAGUAAGAUGUGUAGAUAUUAAUGAAUGUGCAACGUUACAACCGUGUGACCCCGAUGCCAACUGUACCAACACCGAUGGGUCAUACAACUGUACCUGUAAGAAAGGCUAUACAGGCAACGGGACACAGUGUGAAGAUAUUGAUGAGUGUCCAACAUAUCCGUGUGGAACAGAUGAGAUAUGCACUGACACGCCAGGAUCGUAUUACUGCUCAUGUAAAGAAGGAUAUUCAAAGGUCAACUCCACAUGUGUAGAAGUGAUAUUUGUUCCCAUAACAACUACCAUGGCGAUGUCCACACUGAAUGCAUCUCUCGAAACUACAGUGACAACUGAAAUUUUAACUCCCACUUUACCCAAUAAUGCAACUACCAUUGAAAUGUCCUCUGCAAAUACAUCUUUCGAAACGACAGUAACAUCGGAAACUCCAACUCCCACUUCACCCAGUAAUUCAAAUAAAAUGGUGACGAUCAACAUCGAGUUCAAAAUGACUUUCUUCUAUGAAAUUUACGAUAACCCAUUAGAUAAUGCAACAAUCGCCCUUAAUACAAGCCUUACGUCAAUG